CUCCAUCAACAAUCUCACUUCAAAAGGAAAGAUCACGUUCGUCACGAGCUUCAGUCGCUCCGUAAAUGGCCGGAGCAAUGGGGUCUCAUGACCCGUGAAUACACCCGUCUGAACCGUCGAAUGAUCGGCGAGCGUCUCACACCAGAAGCCGGUGACUCCCUCUAUCCUACCCGGUGUCCAUCCGUCGGUAGCGAUCAAUCCACGGCAUCAUCAUCCUCGCGAAGAUCAACCCCGGGGUUUUCCUCAACUCGCCUACCGUCGAUCUUGGGCAGUAGCCCCAUGUCCUGCUCGCCUGUGCACCCGUACCACGACUCACACCACCGGGCUAGACUCCCUACUAUCAGCACUGGGUCUCCCGAAGGUGUACCUGAAAGGGUGCAACGCCCCUUCCCGGCGUUUCCCAAGACAACAUCGGCUGAAAUAGGGUGGCAAUCUGCUAUACCUGAGAAUAAAUUAGAAGUUUAUGGGAGGUACGCCCCGAACGCACGAGGGCAGCAUGGGAUACUGAAGUUGCUGGACUGGCCUAGGCAAAGUAUUAUGUAACCAAUUUCAACAUUCUGCUUUCAUCCUCGGAAGAUUAACAACUUUUUUGUAGAUAAGACAACAAUGAUCAGUAUUUCCCAAUGUAUUAGUUUCAGAAAUGAUCAAUGAAAAUUGUACCAAUGCAGAAUAUUGUUUGCAUUAAUAGUGCUUUCUUUAAUACACAUUCUGUAGAGAAUAUUUAUGACAGCCUUUUUAGUUUGACAUUAUUCACCAUUAAUUAGGAAAAGAACUUUCAUCUUUUAUCAGAAAGAAAUUUUGCUAGCCAUUGAUUAUUGUUGAUUGAUUUAUGUGGUGUUGUGUGAUAUGCAACUCCUUACUCUCCAAUUAACUAACUCACUGAAAAGCUUUGCUAUUGUACAUUGUGUGCAGUAUUUUAUUACUACAAUUUAAUAAAACACAUAAUUAGUAUGCAAAGUGCUUUAGUUUCUGUGUAGAGUUUUAAAGUUUUAUGAUGAUUUCAUGAAGUUUAUUUUAUACUGUAAAAUGAUGUAAUGCAAUUUAAGAUAUAAAAUAAUAAACCAGAGGGGAAAAUAAUGGGUUGAACAAACAAAUUGACUCGAUUUUGAACGAUAAUCUUAUCCAACUCUAUGAAAGUGAGCCCCUGCUGCACAAAGUAUUAUCCACAAUUUAAUGAGUUAGUCUGAGGUUAAUAUUAGUACAAUCCAACCUUUUAAAGCCAUUGGACACUUUCGGAAUAGAAUUGUUUUUUUUUAAGUUCACAGAUUUACAAAUAACUUACAGGGUUUACAGAAGGCGAUGGUGAAAGACUUCUCUUGAAAUAAUAUACCAAUAAUAUAUAUCUUGAAAUAAUAUCUUGAAAUGCUUUCCUUUUUGAGAAAACAAUAAAACAAUAUCAAUUCUCGAUAUAGAGAUUUACGGAUUUAUUUUAA